UACAUUUGGCGUUGUAGCUCGCAGCAUGACGUAGCAUUUGCCCAUGAGCCGACCUCAUCAGAACAACCGUGUGACUUGAAUGUGAUCUGGAGAAACCGACGAAGCAAUGGCCUCUAAACUCACACCACUGAAAGAGCUCAAAGUCCUACAAUUUCAGAUCCCCAGCCACGGUCUCGUACCCAAUACAUCCAUCCAGAACAAGCCUCUCCUCAUCUACAAAUCCGCCUUUCCCCCCUCCAGCAUCAACGCCUCGCAGAUCGAGUCCCAUCUUACCUCCGUUGGAGUGGUGACGCCGCAAUGGAGAUACUCGAUGUACCCCUUUGAUCAUUUCCACAGCACCUCGCACGAAGUCCUAGGCAUUGCGGCUGGUAAGGCGAGGCUGUGUUUUGGGCAUGCGGAGAAUCCUAAGCGUGUCGAGGAGGUGCUGGAGAAGGGGGAUGUGGUUGUCUUGCCUGCUGGAGUGUCGCAUCGGCUUUUGAAGGACGAGGAUGGCGGGUUUGAGAUGGUGGGGUGUUAUCCUAGGGGGUGUAAUUGGGAUAUGUGCUAUGGGAAGAAGGGCGAGGAGAAACAGGUUGAGAGUAUCAAAGGCCUUCCUUGGUUUACGAAGGAUCCAGUGUAUGGUGAUGAUGGACCGGCAUUGAACGUAUAGGCGUAGUUUGCCUUACUAGAGAGGUGGAUAGACCUACAUGCCAUCUUCAUCCGGGAGAAAGACGCUGGCCAGUCGACAACGUACGCGUAGAAGUCUCUUCGCACGCGUCCAACUUAUCUCUCGGGCACAAACUCCCUAAACACCUCUGGACAUGAAGGUGAAUGUCGGCACGUG